AUGCCAGAAACUAGGAAGCCGCGGAAGCGAGGGUUUGAGAUUAGAGCGGAAAAAGAUAAGGAAAAACGUGAAAGAAGGAAGAAGCGAGAGGAAGAGCGUGAGAAGCAUGGGGAGGAGGCUGUCCCUAAACAAGUUCCGAAAACCAUUGAGAGUAUGCAAGAACCCGAUGAAACGUAUGUAUAUUCAGAUGAUGAAGAGGUUCUUGACGAUCUUGUAAAUGAUGAAAUGAGCGAACAUUUUAAAAGCGAGUUGGUCCCGAAAAUCUUGGUUACAACCUCGCCUAGAGCAAAACUCGUUGUACAUGAAGAUCGUAAAAGGCCAAAUGGAAUUGCUCUCAUUCACCUUCCUGAAGGACCAACGGCUUAUUUCAAAAUAAAUUCGUUGAAGUAUACAAAAGAAAUUAAGGAUGCCGGAGAAUCGACGGACCAUUAUCCCGAGAUAAUUCUUAACAACUUCCGCACGAGAGUAGGAAAAACAAUUUCCCGAAUGUUCGAAUGUCUUUUUCCACAAAAACCUGACUUCAUCGGCAGAAGAGUCAUUACUUUGCAUAAUCAGCGGGAUUACGUAUUCUUUAGACACCAUCGAUAUGAAUUCAAAAAAGAAGGAACAAAGGCAGCACUCCACGAAUUAGGGCCUAGAAUCACCUUAAGACUUAAAUGGCUACAGAAAGGAGCAUAUGACACUCGUAGUGGAGAAUACGAGUGGGUUCUGAAGCGACAUGAAAUGGAGAAAAGUCGUAGAAAAUUCAUCUUAUGUUCGGCAGAUCCGAGGAAGCAAAAAUCUAAAGAAACAAUGGGUUCAGAGGUCGAUUAA